AAGGAGUGGAAGAAGUCGUUCAUGUGCCACCGUGGGAGUGUACAGUCAUCAUUGAUCUUGCAGACACAUUCUUUGUAGCUCUUACCAAAGAGCUGCAUGCCGACCACAGCAAAAAUGAAGACGAUGAUGGCCAACACCAAGUGGUGGUGCCCUGCAAACCAAAUACUGAUGGCUCAAACCACUCUUCCCAAUAAGUAAUACAACACCACAUAGCAUUUCUUUGGCAAAUCAUGCUACAUGCAAUUUUUCCAGGGAUUGUAGCAACCAAACUGCUGAAGACUGGCGUGGUCUGUCUGUCUUCACCCUCCAGAGGAUAGAGGACCUGGCAAGGAAAAUGCUCUUCCGUGAUACUUGGGGUCUUUUCUGAGGCAACAAAACUCAUUAGUGGCAGAACUUGAACCAGAUCCCAAGACUUUCAGCUUAUGGUUCAACCUUUUUAUCUUCAGUACUCAAAUAAAUCACAGCAUUUUUCUCAACUUUACAAAUGAAAUCACCACUACAUUCUUUUAAAGAACCAUUAUUACCCAAACAGCGGUUGGAGGAACACUACUGUUCUGCUGGACUAAUGAAGUACCACUCCACACCCACCAGAAUGGCUACAACUUAAAAAGGCUUGUCAUACUGUUUGUGAGAAUCUAGAGCUACAGAGGCUGUCAGAGACUUCAGCACUUUCUUAUGCAAGGAGCUAAACAGUGAUUAAAGGAGCAGGAUGAAAAGAUGGCACAGUCAGUGCUGGUACCGCCAGGACCUGACAGCUUCCGCUUCUUUACCAGGGAAUCCCUUGCUGCUAUUGAACAACGCAUUGCAGAAGAGAAAGCUAAGAGACCCAAACAGGAACGCAAGGAUGAGGAUGAUGAAAAUGGCCCAAAGCCAAACAGUGACUUGGAAGCAGGAAAAUCUCUUCCAUUUAUUUAUGGAGACAUUCCUCCAGAGAUGGUGUCAGUGCCCCUGGAGGAUCUGGACCCCUACUAUAUCAAUAAGAAAACGUUUAUAGUAUUGAAUAAAGGGAAAGCAAUCUCUCGAUUCAGUGCCACCCCUGCCCUUUACAUUUUAACUCCCUUCAACCCUAUUAGAAAAUUAGCUAUUAAGAUUUUGGUACAUUCUUUAUUCAAUAUGCUCAUUAUGUGCACGAUUCUUACCAACUGUGUAUUCAUGACCAUGAGUAACCCUCCAGACUGGACAAAGAAUGUGGAGUAUACCUUUACAGGAAUUUAUACUUUUGAAUCACUUAUUAAAAUACUUGCAAGGGGCUUUUGUUUAGAAGAUUUCACAUUUUUACGGGAUCCAUGGAAUUGGUUGGAUUUCACAGUCAUUACUUUUGCAUAUGUGACAGAGUUUGUGGACCUGGGCAAUGUCUCAGCGUUGAGAACAUUCAGAGUUCUCCGAGCAUUGAAAACAAUUUCAGUCAUUCCAGGCCUGAAGACCAUUGUGGGGGCCCUGAUCCAGUCAGUGAAGAAGCUUUCUGAUGUCAUGAUCUUGACUGUGUUCUGUCUAAGCGUGUUUGCGCUCAUAGGAUUACAGUUGUUCAUGGGCAACCUACGAAAUAAAUGUUUGCAAUGGCCUCCAGAUAAUUCUUCCUUUGAAAUAAAUAUCACUUCCUUCUUUAACAAUUCAUUGGAUGGGAAUGGUACUACUUUCAAUAGGACAGUGAGCAUGUUUAACUGGGAUGAAUAUAUUGAGGAUAAAAGUCACUUUUAUUUUUUAGAGGGGCAGAAUGAUGCUCUGCUUUGUGGCAACAGCUCAGAUGCAGGCCAGUGUCCUGAAGGGUACAUCUGUGUGAAGGCUGGUAGAAACCCCAACUAUGGCUACACGAGCUUUGACACCUUUAGUUGGGCCUUUUUGUCAUUAUUUCGUCUCAUGACUCAGGACUUCUGGGAAAACCUUUAUCAACUGACACUACGUGCUGCUGGGAAAACGUACAUGAUAUUUUUUGUGUUGGUCAUUUUCUUGGGCUCAUUCUAUCUAAUAAAUUUGAUCUUGGCUGUGGUGGCCAUGGCCUAUGAGGAACAGAAUCAGGCCACAUUGGAAGAGGCUGAACAGAAGGAAGCUGAAUUUCAGCAGAUGCUCGAACAGUUGAAAAAGCAACAAGAAGAAGCUCAGGCAGCAGCUGCGGCCGCAUCUGCUGAAUCAAGAGACUUCAGUGGUGCUGGUGGGAUAGGAGUUUUUUCAGAGAGUUCUUCAGUAGCAUCUAAGUUGAGUUCCAAAAGUGAAAAAGAGCUGAAAAACAGAAGAAAGAAAAAGAAACAGAAAGAACAGUCUGGAGAAGAAGAGAAAAAUGACAGAGUCCGAAAAUCGGAAUCUGAAGACAGCAUAAGAAGAAAAGGUUUCCGUUUUUCCUUGGAAGGAAGUAGGCUGACAUAUGAAAAGAGAUUUUCUUCUCCACACCAGUCCUUACUGAGCAUCCGUGGCUCCCUUUUCUCUCCAAGACGCAACAGUAGGGCGAGUCUUUUCAGCUUCAGAGGUCGAGCAAAGGACAUUGGCUCUGAGAAUGACUUUGCUGAUGAUGAGCACAGCACCUUUGAGGACAAUGACAGCCGAAGAGACUCUCUGUUUGUGCCGCACAGACAUGGAGAACGGCGCCACAGCAAUGUCAGCCAGGCCAGCCGUGCCUCCAGGGUGCUCCCCAUCCUGCCCAUGAAUGGGAAGAUGCAUAGCGCUGUGGACUGCAAUGGUGUGGUCUCCCUGGUUGGGGGCCCUUCUACCCUCACAUCAGCUGGGCAGCUCCUACCAGAGGGCACGACUACUGAAACAGAAAUAAGAAAGAGACGGUCCAGUUCUUAUCAUGUUUCCAUGGAUUUAUUGGAAGAUCCUACAUCAAGGCAAAGAGCAAUGAGUAUAGCCAGUAUUUUGACCAACACCAUGGAAGAACUUGAAGAAUCCAGACAGAAAUGCCCACCAUGCUGGUAUAAAUUUGCUAAUAUGUGUUUGAUUUGGGACUGUUGUAAACCAUGGUUAAAGGUGAAACACCUUGUCAACCUGGUUGUAAUGGACCCAUUUGUUGACCUGGCCAUCACUAUCUGCAUUGUCUUAAAUACACUCUUCAUGGCUAUGGAGCACUAUCCCAUGACGGAGCAGUUCAGCAGUGUACUGUCUGUUGGAAACCUGGUCUUCACGGGGAUCUUCACAGCAGAAAUGUUUCUCAAGAUAAUUGCCAUGGAUCCAUAUUAUUACUUUCAAGAAGGCUGGAAUAUUUUUGAUGGUUUUAUUGUGAGCCUUAGUUUAAUGGAACUUGGUUUGGCAAAUGUGGAAGGAUUGUCAGUUCUCCGAUCAUUCCGGCUGCUCCGAGUUUUCAAGUUGGCAAAGUCUUGGCCAACUCUAAAUAUGCUAAUAAAGAUCAUUGGCAAUUCUGUGGGGGCUCUAGGAAACCUCACCUUGGUGUUGGCCAUCAUCGUCUUCAUUUUUGCUGUGGUCGGCAUGCAGCUCUUUGGUAAGAGCUACAAAGAAUGUGUCUGCAAGAUUUCCAAUGAUUGUGAGCUCCCACGCUGGCACAUGCAUGACUUCUUCCACUCCUUUCUGAUCGUGUUCCGCGUGCUGUGUGGAGAGUGGAUAGAGACCAUGUGGGACUGUAUGGAGGUCGCUGGCCAAACCAUGUGCCUUACUGUCUUCAUGAUGGUCAUGGUGAUUGGAAAUCUAGUGGUUCUGAACCUCUUCUUGGCCUUGCUUUUGAGUUCCUUCAGUUCUGACAAUCUUGCUGCCACUGAUGAUGAUAACGAAAUGAAUAACCUCCAGAUUGCUGUGGGAAGGAUGCAGAAAGGAAUCGAUUUUGUUAAAAGAAAAAUACGUGAAUUUAUUCAGAAAGCCUUUGUUAGGAAGCAGAAAGCUUUAGAUGAAAUUAAACCACUUGAAGAUCUAAAUAAUAAAAAAGACAGCUGUAUUUCCAACCAUACCACCAUAGAAAUAGGCAAAGACCUCAAUUAUCUCAAAGACGGAAAUGGAACUACUAGUGGCAUAGGCAGCAGUGUAGAAAAAUAUGUCGUGGAUGAAAGUGAUUACAUGUCAUUUAUAAACAACCCUAGCCUCACUGUGACGGUACCAAUUGCUGUUGGAGAAUCUGACUUUGAAAAUUUAAAUACUGAAGAAUUCAGCAGCGAGUCAGAUAUGGAGGAAAGCAAAGAGAAGCUAAAUGCAACUAGUUCAUCUGAAGGCAGCACAGUUGAUAUAGGAGCUCCUGCUGAGGGAGAACAGCCUGAGGUUGAACCUGAGGAAUCCCUUGAACCUGAAGCCUGUUUUACAGAAGACUGUGUACGGAAGUUCAAGUGUUGUCAGAUAAGCAUAGAAGAAGGCAAAGGGAAACUCUGGUGGAAUUUGAGGAAAACAUGCUAUAAGAUAGUGGAGCACAAUUGGUUCGAAACCUUCAUUGUCUUCAUGAUUCUACUGAGCAGUGGGGCUCUGGCCUUUGAAGAUAUAUACAUUGAGCAGCGAAAAACCAUUAAGACCAUGUUAGAAUAUGCUGACAAGGUUUUCACUUACAUAUUCAUCCUGGAAAUGCUGCUAAAGUGGGUUGCAUAUGGUUUUCAAGUGUAUUUUACCAAUGCCUGGUGCUGGCUAGACUUCCUGAUUGUUGAUGUCUCACUGGUUAGCUUAACUGCAAAUGCCUUGGGUUACUCAGAACUUGGUGCCAUCAAAUCCCUCAGAACACUAAGAGCUCUGAGGCCACUGAGAGCUUUGUCUCGGUUUGAAGGAAUGAGGGUUGUUGUAAACGCUCUUUUAGGAGCCAUUCCAUCUAUCAUGAAUGUACUUCUGGUUUGUCUGAUCUUUUGGCUAAUAUUCAGUAUCAUGGGAGUGAAUCUCUUUGCUGGCAAGUUUUACCAUUGUAUUAACUACACCACUGGAGAGAUGUUUGAUGUAAGCGUGGUCAACAACUACAGUGAGUGCAAAGCUCUCAUUGAGAGCAAUCAAACUGCCAGGUGGAAAAAUGUGAAAGUAAACUUUGAUAACGUAGGACUUGGAUAUCUGUCUCUACUUCAAGUAGCCACGUUUAAGGGAUGGAUGGAUAUUAUGUAUGCAGCUGUUGACUCACGAAAUGUAGAAUUACAACCCAAGUAUGAAGACAACCUGUACAUGUAUCUUUAUUUUGUCAUCUUUAUUAUUUUUGGUUCAUUCUUUACCUUGAAUCUUUUCAUUGGUGUCAUCAUAGAUAACUUCAACCAACAGAAAAAGAAGUUUGGAGGUCAAGACAUUUUUAUGACAGAAGAACAGAAGAAAUACUACAAUGCAAUGAAAAAACUGGGUUCGAAGAAACCACAAAAACCCAUACCUCGACCUGCUAACAAAUUCCAAGGAAUGGUCUUUGAUUUUGUAACCAAACAAGUCUUUGAUAUCAGCAUCAUGAUCCUCAUCUGCCUUAACAUGGUCACCAUGAUGGUGGAAACCGAUGACCAGAGUCAAGAAAUGACAAACAUUCUGUACUGGAUUAAUCUGGUGUUUAUUGUUCUGUUCACUGGAGAAUGUGUGCUGAAACUGAUCUCUCUUCGUUACUACUAUUUCACUAUCGGAUGGAAUAUUUUUGAUUUUGUGGUGGUCAUUCUCUCCAUUGUAGGAAUGUUUCUGGCUGAACUGAUAGAAAAGUAUUUCGUGUCCCCUACCCUGUUCCGAGUGAUCCGUCUUGCCAGGAUUGGCCGAAUCCUACGUCUGAUCAAAGGAGCAAAGGGGAUCCGCACGCUGCUCUUUGCUUUGAUGAUGUCCCUUCCUGCGUUGUUUAACAUCGGCCUCCUGCUCUUCCUGGUCAUGUUCAUCUACGCCAUCUUUGGGAUGUCCAACUUUGCCUAUGUUAAGAGGGAAGUUGGGAUCGAUGACAUGUUCAACUUUGAGACCUUUGGCAACAGCAUGAUCUGCCUGUUCCAAAUUACAACCUCUGCUGGCUGGGAUGGAUUGCUAGCACCUAUUCUUAAUAGUGGACCUCCAGACUGUGACCCUGAAAAAGAUCACCCUGGAAGCUCAGUUAAGGGAGACUGUGGGAAUCCAUCUGUUGGGAUUUUCUUUUUUGUCAGUUACAUCAUCAUAUCCUUCCUGGUUGUGGUGAACAUGUACAUCGCGGUCAUCCUGGAGAACUUCAGUGUUGCUACUGAAGAAAGUGCAGAGCCUCUGAGUGAGGAUGACUUUGAGAUGUUCUAUGAGGUUUGGGAGAAGUUUGAUCCUGAUGCGACCCAGUUUAUAGAGUUUGCCAAACUCUCUGAUUUUGCAGAUGCCCUGGAUCCUCCUCUUCUCAUAGCAAAACCCAACAAAGUCCAGCUCAUUGCCAUGGAUCUGCCCAUGGUCAGUGGUGACCGGAUCCACUGCCUUGACAUCUUAUUUGCUUUUACAAAGCGUGUUUUGGGUGAGAGUGGAGAGAUGGAUGCCCUUCGAAUACAGAUGGAAGAAAGAUUCAUGGCAUCAAACCCAUCCAAAGUCUCUUAUGAGCCCAUUACGACCACGUUGAAACGCAAACAAGAGGAGGUGUCUGCUAUUAUUAUCCAGAGGGCUUACAGACGCUACCUCUUGAAGCAAAAAGUUAAAAAGGUAUCAAGUAUAUACAAGAAAGACAAAGGCAAAGAAUGUGAUGGAACACCUAUCAAAGAAGAUACUCUCAUUGAUAAACUGAAUGAGAAUUCAACUCCAGAGAAAACCGAUAUGACGCCUUCCACCACAUCUCCGCCCUCGUAUGAUAGUGUGACCAAACCGGAAAAAGAAAAAUUUGAAAAAGACAAAUCAGAAAAAGAAGACAAAGGGAAAGAUAUCAGGGAAAGUAAAAAGUAAAAAGAAACCAAGAAUAUUCCAUUUUGUGAUCAAUUGUUUACAGCCCGUGAUGGUGAUGUGUUUGUGUCAACAGGACUCCCACAGGAGGUCUAUGCCAAACUGACUGUUUUUACAAAUGUAUACUUAAGGUCAGUGCCUAUAACAAGACAGAGACCUCUGGUCAGCAAACUGGAACUCAGUAAACUGGAGAAAUAGUAUCGAUAGGAGGUUUCUAUUUUCACAACCAGCUGACACUGCUGAAGAGCAGAGGCGUAAUGGCUACUCAGACGAUAGGAACCAAUUUAAAGGGGGGAGGGAAGUUAAAUUUUUAUGUAAAUUCAACAUGUGACACUUGAUAAUAGUAAUUGUCACCACUGUUUAUGUUUUAACUGCCACACCUGCCAUAUUUUUACAAAACGUGUGCUGUGAAUUUAUCACUUUUCUUUUUAAUUCACAGGUUGUUUACUAUUAUAUGUGACUAUUUUUGUAAAUGGGUUUGUGUUUGGGGAGAGGGAUUAAAGGGAGGGAAUUCUACAUUUCUCUAUUGUAUUGUAUAACUGGAUAUAUUUUAAAUGGAGGCAUGCUGCAAUUCUCAUUCACACAUGAAAAUAAUCACAUCACAAAAGGAAAGAGUUUACUUCUUGUUUCAGGAUGUUUUUAGAUUUUUGAGGUGCUUAAAUAGCUAUUCGUAUUUUUAAGGUGUCUCAUCCAGAAAAAAUUUAAUGUGCCUGUAAAUGUUCCAUAGAAUCACAAGCAUUAAAGAGUUGUUUUAUUUUUACAUAACCCAUUAAAUGUACAUGUAUAUAUGUAUAUAUGUAUAUGUGCGUGUAUAUACAUAUAUAUGUAUACACACAUGCACACACAGAGAUAUACACAUACCAUGACAUUGUCACUCACAGUCCCAGCAGCAUGACUAUCACAUUUUUGAUAAGUGUCCUUUGGCAUAAAAUAAAAAUAUCCUAUCAAUCAGUCCUUUCUAAGAAACCUGAAUUGACCAAAAAACAUCCCCACCACCACUUUAUAAAGUUGAUUCUGCUUUAUCCUGCAGUAUUGUUUAGCCAUCUUCUGCUCUUGGUAAGGUUGACAUAGUAUAUGUCAAUUUAAAAAAUAAAAGUCUGCUUUGUAAAUAGUAAUUUUACCCAGUGGUGCAUGUUUGAGCAAACAAAAAUGAUGAUUUAAGCACACUACUUAUUGCAUCAAAUAUGUACCACAGUAAGUAUAGUUUGCAAGCUUUCAACAGGUAAUAUGAUGUAAUUGGUUCCAUUAUAGUUUGAAGCUGUCACUGCUGCAUGUUUAUCUUGCCUAUGCUGCUGUAUCUUAUUCCUUCCACUGUUCAGAAGUCUAAUAUGGGAAGCCAUAUAUCAGUGGUAAAGUGAAGCAAAUUGUUCUACCAAGACCUCAUUCUUCAUGUCAUUAAGCAAUAGGUUGCAGCAAACAAGGAAGAGCUUCUUGCUUUUUAUUCUUCCAACCUUAAUUGAACACUCAAUUAUGAAAAGCCCGACUGUACAAACAUGUUGCAAGCUGCUUAAAUCUGUUUAAAAUAUAUGGUUAGAGUUUUCUAAGAAAAUAUAAAUACUGUAAAAAGUUCAUUUUAUUUUAUUUUUCAGCCUUUUGUACAUAAAAUGAGAAAUUAAAAGUAUCUUCAGGUGGAUGUCACAGUCACUAUUGUUAGUUUCUGUUCCUAGCACUUUUAAAUUGAAGCACUUCACAAAAUAAGAAGCAAGGACUAGGAUGCAGUGUAGGUUUCUGCUUUUUUAUUAGUACUGUAAACUUGCACACAUUUCAAUGUGAAACAAAUCUCAAACUGAGUUCAAUGUUUAUUUGCUUUCAAUAGUAAUGCCUUAUCAUUGAAAGAGGCUUAAAGAAAAAAUCAGCUGAUAUUUUUGGCAUUGCUUGAAUCCAAUGUUUCCACCUAGUCUUUUUAUUCAGUAAUCAUCAGUCUUUUCCAAUGUUUGUUUACACAGAUAGAUCUUAUUGACCCAUAUGGCACUAGAACUGUAUCAGAUACAAUAUGGGAUCCCAGCUUUUUUUCCUCCCCCACAAAACCAGGUAGUGAAGUUAUAUUACCAGUUACAGCAAAAUACUUUGUGUUUCACAAGCAACAAUAAAUGUAGAUUCUUUAUACUAAAGCUAUUGACUUGUAGUGUGUUGGUGAAAUGCAUGCAGGAAAAUGCUGUUACCAUAAAGAACGGUAAACCACAUUACAAUCAAGCCAAAAGAAUAAAGGUUUCGCUUUUGUUUUUGUAUUUAAUUGUUGUCUUUGUUUCUAUCUUUGAAAUGCCAUUUAAAAGUAGAUUUCUAUCAUGUAAAAAUAAUCUAUCUGAAAAACAAAUGUAAAGAACAUACAUUAAUUAUGAUAAUUCAUCUUUCAAUUUUUUCAUGGAAUGGAAGUUAAUUAAGAAGAGUGUAUUGGAUAACUACUUUAAUAUUGGCCAAAAACCUAGAUUUGGCAUCAGGUAGAGUAGUGGAAAGUUACAAAAAUUAAUAAAAAAUUGACUAACA